AUGGACGAGUUCGUGGCUGAGGUCAAUGAAGCCAUCAGAGAUGGGAAAGUGCCACCCAAAUCAAAGACGCCAGAACUUAUCCCGAGAAUAGCGUGCGCCCUACAUGUCUUCAAUCACGCCAUGGAAGAAUUAUUGGCUGGUGUACCCUCGUCACAACCUGACACAACGAUAUCCAAAACAACCCUGGAAAAUGCAGCAUCUUUCGUGAAUCACCUCGAGGAUUUACGGUCAUUUCGUUCCAUAGUCAGAUCGUUCCAAGUCAGAUCGUUCCAAUCAAUAGUCAGAUCGUUCCACAAAAUAGUCAGUUCGUUCCACAAAAAAGUCAGUUCGUUCCACAUGUGAAAAGUCAAGUGAAUUUUUCUAAAUUUGUUGAGUGAACUUUAUCGAGAAGAAAAACGUUUCGUUCAUACCACAAACUGAUAAAAUAAUAAUUUAUCCAAAGUCGAUUCGAUCCAUCCCAAGUCGUUUGAAAACAAACAAGAAACGAUUUCAAACAGCCACGGGCUUUAACAUUUAAACCGCCGCUAUGAGAGCUUUUGAGCUAGAGACGAUUGAUGGCUUGAUAUAUAUGGAAUUUUUCGAUUUUGUGAAAUUUACUGAGAAUAUAGAACUGCCGGCCAUUUAGUGUUUUGAAAACCUUGACCGGCAGUCGAGCUGAAAAAAUUUCUAAGUGUCACAAAACAUGAUUUCCUCCUCUGAGCCAGCGCAAACCAAACACUAGACUUGAGAUCUGUAAAGCAUUUCAGGAUCGCUUGACUGUUCUAAAUCGACAUAUGAUAGUUUAGAUUAGCUGGAAUCUUUCAAUUUUGUGAAAUUUACUGAGAAUAUAGAACUGCCGGCCAUUUAGUAUUUUGAAAACCUUGACCGGUUACCGGCCAUCUAGCCACAGCGUUAUGUAAAUAGUUCUGAAAAUACUUUCAUCCAUAUUCCUAUCGCUAGUCUGUACUCUGAUAACAUUUACACAUUUAGAAAAUAGAUAUAACGUAUGUGGAACGAACUGACUUUUUUGUGGAACGAACUGACUAUAUUGUGGAACGAUCUGACUACUGAUUGGAACGAUCUGACUUGGAACGAUCUGACCAUGGGACGAAAUGACCGGAUACCACCUCGAGACACAGAAGGAAAUACUCUGCCAGGUAAGCUAUCGUAAACACCAAAACUUUCAUUUUUCUUUAAUUACCUUUAUUGCGCGCACAUUCUAAUUCUUAUUAAUAGAAACUCGGCUUGUUCUAUUCGCCGAUAGAAAACGAUCGCGCGCGCGCAAAGCUCUUUGAAUGGUGGUUUAUUCAAAUCUUAGAGAGCUUUUCACUUGAGUGUAGACAUUAAUGAAUGCAUUUGCCGUGGUUUUGUAUUACGCCGCUUAGCGAACGGUUUUCAAACACGUGCUUCUUCAAUAUCUCAGCCAAUUCGAAGUAAAACAAAACUAAUCAUUACUUGCUCGCGAAAUUUUGUGAUUGGCCAGUGUGAUACGUUUGGUGUUAGUUUUUCUACACUCAGUUGAAAACUGUUUACCGUUCUAAUACGUUACCUCAGUCACUCACGAAGUAAAACAAAGCACUAUUACCAGAAAUGCAGUAAUGUUUUCCCGUCUAUUGUUACGGAUAACUGAUCAAUACACCGCGACAAUUACCUGUCUCACGGUUACUUGCAUUGUUUUAAAUGAGUUUCUUCUCCUUUUUCAGUUUCUUAAAGAAGUCACAAACGCAGUUUGUGAUAAAACCAUCGAUCAGCCUACCACACAAAUGGUCAGGGACAACGUCUUAAUCACCCAAGGCCCUGUGGUCUCCUAUCGGUCGUUCAAACACGGCAAAAGAUCAGCACGUGCAAUUGCCGAAAGUGAAUUUAACACCGCGACAGAAUCAUUAAUGCAAGAUGGCUUUGGAAGAAUUGUGGAAUUUAGAAUUCCUCGAGCAAGAAGCGCCUGCAAGGUAUUUGUGCAAAGCAAGCCCAACCCUUGGCCGAACUGUACGAAUGUCAGUGUAAGCGAAUUUGACAAUGCCUUGGCCAAGCCUCUACAUAAUGAUAUCACAGUUCCAAUGAGACAAUAUCUUCAAGCCAAUAAUUACAUCUCGAAUUAG